UCAUGGCAAUUCUUGGCGGCAAAACAAACCAAAGAAAACAAACCUUAAAAAUUGGUUGAUAAAUAUUUACAAUUAUUAUUUUUAUUCAAAAUAUGAGUGAGAAUAUAGAAUUAUGUUCCUUCAAAAACGUUGAUGAGAGUGAUACUGAAGAAUACCAUGAAAUAAAUGAAGAUAUGCAACAUGAAACAGUGUUUAUGAAAAAGUCAGUAAAUCCUCCAGACCACUGUGAUUUUUUUACGAAAUAUGAUGUGAGCACUUAUGCAAAAAAGGAUAUUAGGAAAAAGAAGAAAUUGAAGAAGAAAAAGUCAACAGAUUUAUUGGAUAUUGUAAAAUCGGAGAUCGCAACGAUACCGGUACCUUUAGUCGAGAGUGUUUUAACAAGGGUAGAAUACGAUGAAAAUUUAAUCAAAUGCCAUCUAAUGGAAGCUCAUAGAGAUUGGAGAACUAUUGCAAAACUACAUCGAGAAGAUAUGGAGCAUGGGUGGAAAGGUACAGAAGUUGUUAGUUUAAGUCCCAUAUUUCCUAGAGUACUUCAAAACGUGAUUGUCGAUAACAAUGAAAUACCUGUCGAGUAUGUCGAACCUGCCAUGUACUCAGAUUUACUAAGUAAUAUUGAUAAAGAUGACCACCAGUCACCAAAGUUCUUAGGUAUAGCAGUAAAAAAUAUUAACUUCAAACAUCAUCAUGAAUUCUCCUUAGAAAAACUCUUGAGUGUUAAACUUAACGAACUUUUUGAAGAGUAUAAUAAUAAUAUAAGAUCACUUAAAGAGAUUGCCAGGGAUAUCAAAGUAAAUAGAGAAACAAAAAACAAUCUAAUAGAAGAUAUAACAAAAGCAACAAAUAAAAAGAGGGAUGAUGUUCGAUUUGAUUCAACGGUAAGGGAAUAUACGGGAAAAAUGUUACUGUCAAAAGAGAAAUAUAAAGAUUUAAUAAAAAAACAAAAAGAAGUCAUUCAUAAAAUAAUUUCUGUGUGGUCGGACUUAGAAAUGGUAAGAGAAAAGAAAGGGUUUACCCUAACCCCAUACGUUUUGGAAGUAAAGGAGAGAGAUUUACAAGGUGAUGACGAGAAACUUUUUAAUGAAUUAUUAAAAUCAGAACUAACUGACGCUCUCGAUAGAAUAGAAUAUGAAUUUGUUAGUAAAUGUAUUGAGUAUAAAGAAAUAAAAGCCAAAGAAAAAUCUGAGAAAGCAACAAAGACAAGUAUCACUAAACCAAAGUUAAUUAUUGAUGAAGAAGCUUUAAAAGGAGAGGCAGAGGAGUUAGUGAGCGACAUUGUUGCCAGUGAGAGAAUUGAUUUGAAUUUGAAGAAGGAUAUAAAUAUCUUUAACUCUAUGAAAGAAACGAAAAAAUACCAAUUUUUCUUUGAGAUGUAUGUUGAUAAUGUUUUUGUUUGUCAAUCAGAACAUUAUUCAUCUAGCGAUAUCAAUACUAUAGAAUUUACAGAGACAUUUUCAAUCCAAAUUGUUCCAAACAACAAAGUCCUGACCAUUGUACUAUAUGAAAAUAAUGAAAAAGUUUCCUUCUUAGUAUUUAAUUUGCUGGAAAUCACUAUUUCUAAUGAAGAUGCGGGGUUUUCCAAAAAGCAAUUCUUGUAUGAGACUACCGUAAAAUCUAGUUCUAAAUGCGUCGGUAGCGGUGUAAGUAUUAAAGAAAUAGCUGCUAUCAAUAAAGUAAGACUAAAAAGUAGUAAUUUAUUCAAAAAAGACCUUGUAACAGUAUGUGAAGUAGAUUUAAAAAUUGGAUGGAAUAAAGAGUUGAAUGAAAAUCUGGUGGAAUCAGUAAAAAGUUCAAUGGAAUUUGGUAGGCGACUAAAAAGACUAAUGCAUGGUAUUGAUAAAGUUAAUAUUGAAACUAUGCAAGAUAUUAUUAGUAAAAUAUAUGGUAAAAACAUAAGAGAAGACGAGAAAAUUAUAAACACGCUUCAAGAUUUGUGUAAAUGUAAAAUUAAAGAUGCCGAUACAAUUCCUUUUGAUGAGGCCAGUCCCGAGUUUGUUAGAAUAAAAUUAUUGCUAUUGCGAAACAAUGGAGGGUUUGCAAAUAUAGAAAAUAAAAUGAUACCGAUUCACGCAAGUCAAAUAUCCACGGAACAGUUGAGCUGUUUGCAAAAGUUUGGACAGAAUGAUUUCAAUAUGGAUUACUUUACCGAUAAACAAGUAGGUAUGUAUCCGCUGGAAUUGCAAAGGUUCGUGAGUGCUAAAUAUAUGGAGAAGUUGAAUAAAAAUAUGUUAAAGAAUUUGGAUGAGCUGCUAUUGAAGAAAACUCACAAAGAUGUCGUUAGAGACGUAAGUUUGAGGAGUAUAUUUUCAAGAGACAAUUCAAUUUCUUUAGCUUCUGUAACAAAUAUUACUAAACAACAAAUCCUUAAAGAAUCAUUGAAUAAAGAAGAAGAAAUUAGUGUUACUAUUAUACGAGCCUUUAAUUUGCUGGAUAGAAGUUCCGCAAUACUUGAAAACGGAGAUGACGAUGGUGAAACAAUUGCAGGAUACAAAGUUCGUCCAUUGAGGCCGUUUGCUCACGUUUCCUACCACGGCGAUAGUGUCCAGACAGUAACUAGUAUCGGUUGCCACCCCAGCUGGAAUCAUACUCUUAGAAUCAAGACUAUAUUGAAGCCCCUCUCGUCUCUACACAUCAAUGUCUACGACGAAUACAAAUACAAUAUCACCGGAGCUUACUCGGAUGAGGAGCACUCGAACAAAACCGUUCACUACCGAUACUACAACAAAUGGUUGGGGACUCUGGAGGUGCCUAUAAGCACUGUGCUUAGUUUGGGAACUCUAAAAGGGACAUUCAAAAUAGCAACACCACCUGUUAUAUUUGGUUACGAAUCAGCACAAAUUAAAGAAUCAUCCUCAUUGAUACCAGAAAUAAACCAACUCUUAAAGAAGGAUACAUCUUUUAUAACCCUGCAAAUAACAACAAGUUUGUCUAAUUUGGGAGGAUUACACGACUACAAUCUACCGAUACCAAGUGGGAUAGAAGACGAUUACGUUAUAAAGCAUUUGAAUAAUAUACUAACAGAAUAUAUUAAUGAUUUUCCAUCGAGAAGCAUUACGUUAACUUUCAUAGAUAGUACAGGAGCGAAUAAAUGCGUAACACAAUUCCUGCAAGCAAUCCCACCGCCGAAUCAAGAUUGUUUUCCAAAAAACCCCAAAACUUGUGAAUCAGCAUUAUCAAAAUCUUCUGGUGUGUCUAAAAGCUCGUCCUCUAAAAGCAGCGGGAGAAGGAAAGAGAUAGAUUUGGAGAAAGGAAGUCCCAUAGUGGAGAAAGAUUCAUUGUAUAGUACUCGUGAGGGUAGUUGGAAAACAGGAGAUAAUCUUACUAAAGCGGUUAACGGGUGUCUUAGAUAUGUUGCCUUAAUACCCAGUUAUGAUGUGACAGAAACACAUGCUGUUACUUUGAUGGGAUUGGAACUCCUCAAAGUCCUCCACGGUUCACCACUAGACCAUACUAUUCUCCUAGCAAGCUUUUUCUUAUAUCUAGGCAUUAAAUUCUUCAUCUCCAUAGGUGUAGGUCUUCCUCGAGGGCGAAGCAGCUAUGUCCUCAUAAAAUAUAAUAAAAUUACUCAGAAAAUUGUUCAGGUUAAUGAUCUAGUGAUAAAGAAAGGUAUUUUCGGCCAAGGAGAUGGAUGCGUGUGGUACGUGUGUGAUGCUGUGAGCGGGGAGAGACAUGAACUGAGGGAUGUCGGAAGUCCCAUGAAGACUGUUGAAUACGUUUUCGAUAAUGAAAAUAUAUGGUUAAACAUGCAACCGUCACAGGAUUGUGACUGCGUUUCUUUCGAUUUCUCAAGAUCUUCGGAUUGGCAACCGGUAUUCGACAAAAGCAUAUUCGUAAUGCAACAACUACCGGUAUCGGAGAUAGGUUUGUAUUCAGCGCCACACGCCGCAGAGGAUUUGAGACAAAAUCUGGAAGCGAGGAUCAAACGGAAGGUACAGAAAUGGAGGCCGCAUAUGAAAACAGUAUGGAACAGGUACUGCAGUGGUGUUCUGCGUGACAUGUUACCCCACUGGGAGUACUGGGCAUUCAACCCGUCUGAAAACAAGCCGAUAGUCAAUCAGAAACUCAAACAACUCACGGUCACUUAUAAAAUUUUCGGCUUCCCGUUAAACAUGCCGUUCGUAAGCACAAAAUGUAUGACAAGCCGCGUCAAGUCAACCGGCUUACACUUGACAGACGAGCCCGGUGCAGAGUUUGCGCUGGCUGUGGAUGUGUUCUCUUACCCCAAUAACGUUGUCAGCGUGUGGGUCUACAUCGCUACCAUUAGUAGAAUAUAAAUAAACGUGUGUUUAUAA